GGCGAGCUGGUGACUCACACCGGGCAGGUAUAUGAUGAGAACGAUUAUAGAAGAGUUAGAUUUGUUGGACGGCAAAAGGAGGUGAACAAGAAUUUUGCAAUUGAUUUGAUAGCAGAGCAGCCUGUGAGUGAAGUUGGAAGCAGAGUGAUAUCGUGCGAUGGUGGUGGUGGAGCUUUGGGACAUCCUAAAGUAUACAUAAACUUGGACAAAGAUACAAAGACUGGAACAUGUGGCUACUGUGGACUUCAGUUUAAACAGAAACACCACUGAAAUCCCUGCAUGCUUGCAGAUUUCUGUUCAGAUGUUAAUGUUCAACUAUGAAUAAACAAUAUAUUUAGAAAGCCAAAA